AUGGAGAAUGAAUUAGCCCACUUGUCAAUCAAUGAGGAAGAAGAGGAUGCUAUUCUCAUACCAACAGAUCCAAAUCGGGAAAAAGAGGGUGAGUUUUUUCAACUUGUGGGAUGUUUUCUCACAGCUAGUAUGAUUCAUUUUUCUGCUAUGAAAAGUACAAUGGCAAACUUGUGGCAUCCGGUUCGGGGUGUUCGAAUUCGAGAUCUGGGGGAAAGAAGGUUUUUGUUUCAAUUUUUUCAUGCUGUGGAUAUGGACAGGGUGUUAAAGGGUUCACCUUGGACCUUUAACAACCAUCUGCUGAUUCUUUACAAAUUGAAAGUUGGAGAGGAUCCGUUACAAGUCCCUUUAGUUUUCACACCUUUCUGGGUUCAGAUCCAUGAGGUGCCAAUUGGCCUAUAUUCUGAAAAUUUAGCUAUGCAGAUGGGGAAUUUUUUGGGGAAUUUUUUGGAAUAUGACGUUUCAAACUUGGGGAAAGAAAAUAGGAACUUUAUGAGAAUUAGGGUCCAAAUUGAUGUAAGGCGUCCUUUGAAAAGGAGGAAACAGAUUUUAUAUGGGGAGAGACGUUUAUACGUCACUUUUAAGUAUGAAAGAUUGUCACUCUUUUGUUUUUUCUGUGGAAGAUUGGGCCAUAGGGAUUCGUUCUGCGAAACAAAAAUGAAUAUUGGAGUAGAAAUAACAGAUUUGGGAUGGGAUCUUUCUAUCAGAGCACAAUCCCAAAGGUCACUAUCAAUGAAGAGUAUCUGGUUACGGGAGGAAACAGAUGAUGAUAGUGGAGGUCUUGGUGAAGAAAAUCUGAGAGGUCCAAAUGGAGAAAGCAGAAGAUAG